AUGUUCAGACAUCUGGCUGCAAAGAUCUGUACAAACUCCAUUGUCUGCACCAACAAAUGUGUUGUUCGCUCUGCCUCUCGAUUUUAUGCAAGCGGUCCACCACCUGCAGGCGGAUUUCUGCCUGGUGUUAAUGAGUCCAAAUUCAUCAUGGACACAAAGGAAAAGGCAUUGGCUAACCCCGAGCUGGCUGCUGUUAAGAAUUCUGAGACAAAGAAACUUAAUCUGUAUCAGGCUGUAAAUGAAGCACUCUCUACUGCUCUUGCAACCGAUGACAAGGCCGUUGUAUUUGGUGAAGAUGUCGGUUUUGGCGGUGUGUUCCGUUGUACAAUGGGUCUCGCAGAGAAAUAUGGCAAACAUCGUGUAUUUAACGCACCAUUGACCGAACAAGGCAUUGCUGGCUUUGGUAUUGGUAUGGCUGCUGUUGGCCAUACUGCAAUUGCUGAAAUUCAGUUUGCCGAUUAUGUCUUCCCUGCCUUUGAUCAGAUUGUCAAUGAAGCUGCCAAAUACAGAUAUCGUUCUGGUGGACAAUUUGACGUGGGCGGUCUUACACUUCGUAUGCCUUGCAUGGCUGUUGGUCACGGUGCUCAUUAUCAUAGUCAGAGUCCUGAAUCUCAGUUUGUACACACUCCAGGCAUCAAGGUCGUUAUUCCUCGUUCGCCUAUUCAGACAAAAGGACUUUUACUCGCUGCUAUUCGGGAUAAAAAUCCUGUAUUGUUUAUGGAACCCAAAAUUCUUUACCGUGCUGCAGUCGAACAAGUUCCAGUUGACGACUAUGUUCUUCCCCUCGGAAAAGCUGAAGUGAUUCAAGAAGGCACGGAUUUGACCGUGAUUGGAUGGGGAUCUCAAUUAUAUGCUCUUGAAAACGCUAUUAUGCUUGCACAAAAAAAUAUGCCUGGACUGAGUGUUGAGCUUAUUGAUUUGCGCUCGAUUUUACCAUGGGAUGCAGAGACUAUUGUUAAGUCGGUAAAUAAGACUGGAAGACUACUGAUCUCCCACGAAGCUCCACAAACCGGUGGGUUUGCAUCGGAAAUCGCCGCAACGAUCCAGGACAAAUGCUUCCUUCGUCUCGAGGCACCUAUCCAACGUGUGUGUGGAUGGGAUACACCUUUCCCCCUUAUUUUUGAAAAGUUUUAUGUCCCCAGUGCCAUUCGAUGUGCAGAUGCUAUGGAAAGGAUAAUGAAAUAUUAG